UACUCGUGGGCUCGCACAGUCCACGAGCAAUAGUCGUACGUGUUCAUCCCUCUGUCUAAUCGACACUAGGCGUUUGUGCAGGAAACUAAAAACCAAUAGAAAAAGAAUAAUAUCAAUGGCUGCAGUUGCUGAGGAUACGGUGCCAACCAUGCACCGAGGAUUAUCAAAUUGGUGGACCGAGGAGACCGAGUACGUUUUCCAAAGAAUCGAACGAUGGGCGGCUUUCGCUCGAGGAUACAACCGCCUCAGAUCCCAAAGAUAUUCCCGAGGGCGUUUGACGAUGACGGAAGAACCAGUCGAACCCGGAUGGAACAUAUCAGCGAAUAAGCUGGUGGUGGAUGAAUGCGAUUCCUGGAAUCCUCGAUUUCAUAAUUUGCAACGAUCACGGCGUAGGAAAUCCAGACCUGAAGAAGCGCGAAUCAACUGCUGUGGAACGUUUAACUAUCAGUCAAACAAUAAACUGGACAGUCCGUGUUUGGAAACGUACAGAUACGAUCACAGCAUAUACUUCAAAACAAUCGGUGACAUCCGUGGGAGUGAUAGAAAUCGUAAGUGCUCUUUACGUCGCUCGGAAAGCCCUGCUGCGAAUAGUUCAGAAUCACCUGAUACGAGCGACCACGAAGAACCGUUAGAGUUCAGAGGUCCAGAGAAGACGAUAGCAGAAAUUGAAUGCCAUCGAUACGAUGACGAAGAUGAUGAAAAUGACGACAACGAAUUGGAUACCGAUGUAUACGAAUUUCUGCGGCAGGAUGCAGAAGCCGAAGGUGUAGAAGAGUCCUCAGGAUUUGGAGGAACGGAUUUGCUGCAUUUGCAGGAUCUUAACGAUAAACAAAAAUUGAAAUCAUCUCGCACUACGCAAGUAUGGCCUAUCGUCGAUUUAACGCAACUUAAUUUGAAAACAAACGAAAAUAUUCUUGACUCCGUUGAAAAAGAAAUCUACAGCAAUCAUACUUUCGAUGAAAAAAACCAUCUAAAAGACGAGGCUAAUCGUGAUAACAAUGAAAAUAAUAUUGUCAAUAAUAACAACAACGAUAACAAACGGAAUUUCUGCGAUAAAAGUAUCAACCAAACGAACUGUGGAACUUUUACCAUUCUUGAUAACUUUGACGGGACCACGACGGAGAGAAAAUUGGAUCAUCAUUUGUUAUCGCUGAGGAAACUGCAGGCAGGAAGCAAAAGAUUGGGUUCAAUCUGAUGGUCAGUCCAGUGGGAGUCACAGCAAUGGCGACGAUGAACUUUCGAUGACGCUCGGUUGAUCCAUUCAUGCAACACGUCGCGUUCCAGUAAAAUGAUUCUAUUAUUGACCACUGUCUAAUUAUUUUGUGCACAGCUUUUCGUCAAGUUUAAAGAUGAAAGAAAUCUACAAACUCUCUUCUGCUAUUUCCCUUAUUGUAACUCAAAAUGAUACCAGAUUCUAUUAGUACUGAACAUGUCCGAAUAAAAAUGGGAAUGAAUUUUCAAAA